AUGUACGAUCUUGGUCUGCCGAUGACUACAUUGCAGCAGAUGCGCGACCGCUCAAUGCACGACAGACGUCGCAGGUUCGGCUGGGACGACGCAUUCACGGCAAGAUCACUACGCGACUAUGACCAGCGCUUGCUGAAAUAUGCGAGCUUGCUCGAGAAGUCAAUCCGUGCUUCGGCCAAUAAAUCGAUCAACUUCUCCGAGCGCAUCAGUCGGUAUAGUUUCGAUGUCAUGAGCGAUCUGUCGUUCGGGCACUCCUUCGAUGGACUAGCGUCCGAAAAGACUCACUGGGCUAUCACCAGCAUACGGGAGUCUAAUGCUGCUCUCGGCAUUUUAGGACCAGUCCCGUGGCUGAUCCAUCUGAUGACGAAGCUUCCGGACGCUCUCAAUCCGAUGCAGAAGCUGAUCACGUUCUCCAAUGAGCAGGUUGAUAAGCGGAAACAGCUUCACCCUGCAGAACCAGACAUCAUGUCGCACCUGUUGGAUCAGGACGAACCCUUCUUCAAGGACCCGGCUCAGGAGUAUCAUCUGUUUACCGGAGACGUUCGACUAUUGGUGAUAGCGGGAAGCGACACGACUGCAACAGCGCUUGCCUUCUUGUUCUACCAACUCGCGCUCAACACAACAUUACAGAAGAAGCUGUACCAGGAGAUCAAGGACCUGGAGGUCAACGUACAGACCGUACAAGACCUGCCAUACCUCAACGCACUGAUCAACGAAACUCUUCGCCUGCAUCCGCCAGUUCCCAGCAUGCCCCCUCGAGACACCUCAGCUGAGGGCCUCAAGGUUGGGGACAUCUCGAUUCCUGGUGAUGUCACGGUCUACACGCCGCUGUAUAGCCUGCAUCGAUCGGACGCUUUCAAGAAGCCCGAAGAAUUCAUACCAGAGCGUUGGACUACUCAGCCAGAGCUGAUUGCCAAUCGGAAGGUCUUUGCACCGUUCUUGAUCGGUCCUUACGCCUGCAUCGGUCGGCAGUUGGCUUAUAACGAGAUGCGUACUGUCGCUGCGAGGCUGGUCUCGGCAUUCGAGGUUGCGUUGGCGAAGGGAGAGGAUGGGCACAGGUUAUUAUAUGGCAGCGCGGACAACUUCACGGUCACGAUUGGUACCCUUGAGUUGGUCUUUACUCCGAGAAAGUCUUCAUAA